AUGUUCUUUAUAUUUAAUAUAAGUAAAAAGAAUAAAAUUAUGAAUCACUUAUUUAAAUAUAUUAUUUUACAAAUAUUUUUAGACUCAACCCGUUAUCCAUCAUUAUGUUAUUUACCACCAGACUCAGCUCUUUGUAUGCCCACUGAUAUGGAUGGAAAUUUUAUCGAUGAAAUAAGUGAUGAUUUACCUAUAAGAUUUUAUUUUGACAUCGUCACAGAACAAUGUUAUCCAUUUGGUGCACAAACAUGUGGAGGAAAUGAAAAUAAUUUUGGAAGUGAGGAGGAAUGUCAAGCCAUUUGUAAAGUUACUUCAAAAGAGAACAUGGAUAAAUAUGAAAAAAAUGUAGGAACACCUUCAAAAAUAAAUUAA